GUGGAGUUUUGAAAAAGGAACGAACGAGUCUCGCCCGGAUUUCUUUUUUUGCGUGAGAAAUUGGAUGUGUGGCGUGAGUGCGUGUGAAAACAGGCAAAAACGUGUGUCACGCGGCGAGAGCGGGAGAGUUGACAGCUCUGUCAAUGACACUACCUUGAAUUAAUAUUCUACACACGUUAUUUUUUUAAACAUUUUUAUAGUUUGUCAAAACAACGACGUAAUGCGUGCUUGCGUGAUGACGACACCAACGUGCCGUCCAGGGAGCGGAGCGGAGGGGGGGCGUGGCCAGAGAGAGAACAGUGCGGCACUUUGUAGACGCAACACUCCGCGAAACAGUUGACUUUUAAUCCGACAAAGCGGAAGUGUGGUCGGAACACGCGAAACCGGACCGGAACGCGGCGGCUCGUUACGGCUCAGAGGAGGACACGCGCGGCGUGAUGUCGGCCUCCAGCCAAUGAACGGCCGGCCCCUCUGUUUACACCGCCGAUCGAGAACGCCUGCCGGCCUCACUGGACCUGGAUCAGUUCCUUCCUUUACCUCUUCCCCCCCCCCCCCGACAGACUAGAGCCGUGGCUCCGUGCAGAAUGAGGGGCGCCUCCCAUGGGAGCGUGUGACCGCGGGCGCCAGUGUGUGUGUGUGUGUGUCCACACGGGGACAGCGCGGGCAUGGAGGGCGUGCGAGAGCGCGGCGGCUCCCGCACGCAGAGGCCGUGGUCGGUGUACCGGGCCAGCACGCUGGAGCUGUCCAGCGAGAUGAUCCGCUUGGCUCUGGCAGGAAACAGUCAGGACCCGGACGCGCCCGUGCUUGAGUUCAGUGUGGCCUGCGCCGACCUGCUGCCUCCGGCGCUGGACCGGAAACCCAACAGCUUCGUAGAAGUGAGCUGCACGACUCCUCCGCAGCUCUUCUGGACCAAACACGCCCAGACCGAGGUCAUCGAGGGCACCAGCAACCCCACCUUCCUCAGCAGCAUCGCCUUCUUCCAGGAGUCCAACAUCAACCAGCUGACGCAGGUGAAGGUGGCCGUCUACGACGUGAAGGACCGCUCGCAGGGCACGAUGUACAUGUUGGGCUCGGCACUGUUUCCUGUCAAAGAGUUGUUGCAUGAGAGGAGCCACCGAUUAGAGCUCGAACUGAGAUCGGCAGAGAACCAGCGGGUGGGGAACAUCACCGUCGCUGCCUGGCAGAUGGAGGACCGAGCGGAUCAGAGGACGGCGGUCGGACGCCUGCCGGACAACCUCAGCGGGCGGACGGUGCUGCCCGUUGACGAGAGCCUCGCCGAGUCGACGGGGGCCCGGAUGAAGUACGCCUCGUUGUGCAGAGACACCCUGCUGCGCUCAGUGUUCGGGGGCACCAUGUCCAGGAUGUACCGCCUCCCCACCACCGAGGGCAGCCACCUGCGGGUGCUGGAGCAGAUGGCCGAGAGCGUCCUCUCGCUCAACGUCCCCAGGCAGUUUGUCAAGCUGCUGCUGGAGGAGGACGCCGCCAGGGUGUGUGAGCUGGAGGAGCUGGGAGAGCUGUCCCCUUGCUGGGAGAGCCUGAGGCGACAGAUCGUGUCCCAGUACCAGACCAUCAUACUCGCGUACCAGGAAACCCUCUCGGACCUCAACGCCUACCGAGGUCCGUCGUUCAAGGCCAGCAGCCUGAAGGCGGAGAAGAAGCUGGAGUUCAUGCCCACCAACCUGCACGUGCAGAGGAUGAGGGUGCAGGACGAGCUGCGCCUCGAGCACACGUACGACGUGGUCACGGUCGGGGCGCCGGCGGCGCACUGCCGCGGCUUCAAGAACAGCGGCUUGAGAAAACUCAUCCAGAAGUUCGAGGAGGCAAAGAAGCACGUGUGUGAGGAGGAACGCAGCGCGCUCUCCAGCUCGCAGUCCAUCGUCUUCGUACCUCAGGACGUGGUCCGAGCCAAGGAGAUCAUCGCCCACGUCAACACGCUGAAGACGCAGGUCGGCUACUACGCCGAGCGCCUUUCCCGCGCCGCCAAGGACCGCUCCGCCAGCGGGCUGGAGAGGACGCUCGCCAUCCUGGCUGAUAAGACCCGCCAGCUGGUGACGGUGUGCGACUCGAAGCUGCUGGCCUCGGCCAUCCAGGCCCUGAACGCAGCGCGGCCCGAGUACAUCGCCUCCAAGGCGUCGCCCUCCGCCGACUCGGAGCAAGUGGUCCUGCGCAACGACCAGGACACGCUGCUCGCCACGUGGAGCGGCUCCAGCAGCCGGUCCUCGCUGCACGUGGACUGGCACGAGGAGGAGUGGGAGAAGGUUUGGCUCAACGUGGAUAAGUGUCUGGAGUGCAUCAUCCAGCGUGUGGACAAGCUGCUUCAGAAGGAGAGGAGGCCCAGCCUCGGGAGGAAGGACACUACCCACUCCGACCUGCAGGGCGGCGCCGGUCGGAAAGGUGAAGAAAAUCGAGCUUUCUGGAUCAACCCAAAAAGUACAUCACAGGCAUCUCCAUCACUACCACCUUCAUCAGCAUCACCUCCGCCCUCCUCUUCCUCUCUGCCCGCCCUCUCCUCUGCACAGGACUCCUGUAGGUUGAAAUAUGGAAGCCCCGGUGCCGAGGAGGCGUACCCAGGCGAGUGGAGCGAGGCCUUGUACCCCCUGCUCACCACGCUCACAGAGUGCGUCGCCAUGAUGAGCGACAAGGCCAAGAAGUCCAUGGUGUUCCUGCUGAUGCAGGACAGCGCCCCCACGAUAGCCAUGGACCUGUCGCUGCAGUGCCGCCGCGACGUCGUCUUCUGCCAGACGCUCACCGCUCUCAUCUGCGGCUUCAUCAUCAAACUGAGGAAUUGUCUCCGUGACAACGGGUUCCUCCGGCAGCUGUACACCAUCGGCCUGCUGGCUCAGUUUGAGUCCCUGCUCAGCACUUACGGAGAAGAGCUGGCCAUGUUGGAGGACAUGAGCGUCGGCAUCAUGGAUCUCCGCAAUGUCACCUUCAAGGUAACCCAGGCCACCGGAAGCUCCGCCCCCGACAUGCUGCCCAUCAUCACGGGCAACCGGGACGGCUUCAACGUCCGCAUCCCGCUGCCGGGGACCAUGUUUGACGCGUUGCCGCGGGAGAUCCAGAGCGGCAUGCUGCUGAGGGUGCGGCCGGUCCACUUUAACGUGGGCAUCAACGAGCAGCAGACGCUGGCUGAGAAGUUCGGAGACACGUCCCUGCAGGAGAUCAUCAACCUGGAGAGUCUCUCCAGGCUGAGUUCCUACUACGAACAGUUCAAGGAAGUCCUGCCUGAGGACUGCCUCCCGAGGUCCCGCUCCCAGACCUGUCUCCCCGAGCUGCUCCGAUUUCUGGGGCAGAACGUCCACGCCAGGAAAAACAAGAACGUGGACAUCCUGUGGCAGGCGGCCGAGAUCUGCCGCCGGCUCAACGGCGUUCGUUUCACCAGCUGCAAGAGCGCCAAAGACCGCACGGCCAUGUCGGUGACCCUGGAGCAGUGCCUGAUCCUGCAGCACGAGCACGGCAUGGCGCCGCAGGUCUUCACGCAGGCCCUGGACUGCAUGCGCAGAGUUGGGACGAGGGAGGGGGUGAUCCAGAAGAACCUGAGCGGCUUGCUGCCGGUGCGAGACCUCCGGCUGGACCCGGGCCUCCUGUACUCGCUGCCGCUGCUGGCCCUCAGCCCCAACCUGCUGCUGGUGUGGAUCUUCCUCAGCGUGGCCUACUUCCUGGCCAAACUGCGCUGUGGCUGAAGGGGCUGAGGGGAGGGGCCCCUCCUCAUUGGCUCCUGUGUGUGUGUAUGUCACACUGCUGCUGUGCGGCGUGUACAUACUGUCCCACCCGGACUCUUACGUAGCGACGCCCCUUGCCUUCACAGCAAAAACUCCACCUUGUUCUUAUUUUGUUUUUGGGCACAGCUGCUAAAAAACACAACGUGGUGCCGGAUUUGCUUCGUUUGUGUUGUGAGACGCCUCUUCGAACCCACUCCUCAGAGCAUUUGGGUCCUUGUUUAGCUUGAUAUUUUAUGCAGUGGUUCCAGAGAACGUUGUGCGUGCUGCAUAGCGCCCCCUGGUGGACAGAUAUGCAGGUUUCUUUUUAGGACAGCGGUUGACGGGAGCUUUUAGAAUAGAAUGGUAAUCUGUGCCAAAAAUUAAGUAAGUAUAGAAAUGUAUUUAUUUUCUUCUAUUAGGACUUCCUGCUUUUCUAGACAGAACAAGAUAUUGGACCUCUUCAGCCUGUGCACUUUCCAGCAGACCUAGGGUCAGUUAUGGCUCUGUUUACAUCCGUAUCUCCAUUUAGACCAAAAUGCCGCCCUCCAUCGGGUUGGAUCGUCUCUCUUCGCGCUGCGUUUUGCUUUCUGAGACCUCAAGUGUGCGAAACAAAGCGAACGCCUCUAUUUUGUGGUGUUUUCUGAUUUCCCUCGCAUACCUUGCGUCCAGCCUUGCGUCGUUUGCCCUCCCCUGCGCAGCACGUCGGUAGCAGAAAUAAAUGCCAAGCUUUCUUUGCAUGUUAGAAAACCUGCUCUGUGCAGACCAGUAUCUUCCUCUGAGAGUCUCCAUCUCAUUAGCAUUGACCCAGUGAGGAAAUGGACCAGACCCAGAAUAGCCUCCUGUGGGAGCGAGGCCUGCUCCGGUGACCCCGUGCACUCCAGUAGGAGCGAGGGGUACGUGGCGAGGCUCCUUUGUGUAUUUGUGGCCCGUUAGAAGCACGCGCUGUAAAUAUCUUUAACGCUUCCACCUGAAAUGUAAAACUUGUCGAUCAUUGUGUUUUUAAGUUAAGGACUACCUCUGUGAGACAGAAGUUAUACUUUAGAGUUGAUAUUAAAGAAGUAUAUAUUCAUUUAUAAAUGCAUUUGUGUGGUGACACAAUCACUGAGCAGCAGGGAUGUGAAAGAAUAGGAAUUAAAUGAUUAUUACAAUUAUUUUGUAAUAAGUGCUUCCUUCAUUGAAUCUUUUUUUUAUUCUUAAGGAUCCAGAUGUAUCAGAAUAUAUUUGUAUCGCUGCACACAAAUUGUAUUUAUGUAUUGCUAAUAAGAUCUUGGCUCCAUGUUGUCUUAAAUUAUUCCAGAGCAGAUAUAUAUGAUCUAUAAUUUAAAUAAUAUUAUUGCACUUGUGCCGUAAGCGUCCUGCUGUGGCUUCAUAUCAAAGAUCAGUUUAAAAUGCAGCUUUAUUUUGGUUUUAUGCACAAACUGCUGGCAUGGUAACAAUUUGCACUUUAUAUAAGUUCCGUUUACUACAUAACUUGUGUUGUGUGAAUAACAUGUCAUUUAUGAUGGUUACAACAUGUAAUAAUAACUAAGUUACCAAAUGCUGUUAUUCUGUUAUCAUUUAUGUGUAUGGGUGUGUUUUACUGACGAUGAUGACGAU